AUGGUUAAGAAGGCCAAAGUCUACCUGGAACUGGAUCCAGUCAAGGACAAAGACAAGAGGAAAGGCCUCUAUAAGUACCAAGACCAGCCUUCAAGAAUCCUAGGUCUCAGAGACCGAAGGAAAGUCUUGAACAAGACAGACAUACCCUUGGUGGAACAGGAUCAGGUCAGGGAGUACUUCAGUAAACUGAACACACGUCAACUGGACACAAUGUGCCAUGCAUUUGUUGGAGAAACUGUCAUUCUGCCUUGCACCACCACCUCACCUGGAGAGCUGACCCUUUCCAAUUCAAUGCUCUACUGGCAGAUAGACUCUGUCGUAGUGCACUUUUUUCACGACGGGCAGGAUUCGCUGAAAUUCCAGGCCAAAGAGUACCAUGGCAGAACUAGUCUUUUUUUGGACCAGAUGAGGAAUGGAAACUUUUCCUUAAAGCUCUCCAAUGUCCAAUUAAACGACACAGCUCUAUACACAUGCAUCUACAAACAGACUGGGGAUCAUCCCAACAAAACACAGAAAUCCCAAAUUGAACUCAUUGUAUCAGGCUCAGACAAAUAA